AUGGCUAGCUUAAGAUUUAGAAUGAAGCAUGUAGACAUGGCUCACCGAGGCAGUGUGUUUGCUGUUCAGCAGCCUUCAGUGAAGAGACCAGCUGUCUUCUGGCUAUGUUUGCUAGUUUUGCUCACGGCAGCAUUUACCUUGGCAUUACAUGUGGUGGAUUACAAGAGCCUGGCAAAGUUGGGUCUGUUCCUGGCAGUUGGUAUUCUAUGGAAGCUUUGGUCCAAAACAUGCUAUGAAAGUGUCCUGAUUUUACCAUACCUGGGGCUGCAAGUGGAGACCCACAACUGUCUGGGCCAGGUCUGCACCCAUUUUUUGUCUCUGUCUCAGAUCAAGGACAUAGUCAUCACUGAGGCUGUGACAAUGAAUUCCAUCCGGACAUAUUUGGUUGUGUUACUGAAUGGUGCUGAUUGUUCAGGACAGCAGAUGUUAUAUCCACUGUUUAUUCAGUCGAGGCCAAGAGUUGACGAGUUACUGCAAGUGUACCAGGUUUGCCAUGAGAAGCUGCUUCAUCCACACACAACACCAGUAAACAUGUUUCUAGCAUAG